AUGGGCGGAAUGGGCGGUGGAAUGGGCGGAAUGGGCGGUGGAAUGGGUGGAAUGGGCGGUGGCAUGGGUGAUAUGAGUGGCGGUGGUAAAGGCAUGGGCAUGGGCAAAGGUGCCAUGGGCAUGGGCAAGGGCUAUGGAGGUUGUGGAAAGGGCGGAGGAGCCGGUGGCCAGUGGGGCGGCUGCGGAGUUUGGCAGCCCAUGUUCAACGCCAUGAUGAUGUCCAUGAUGGGCAAAGGCUCCGGGAAGAACGGCCUGCGGAACUUCACCACGGACCGCAAGGUCUGGGUCUCCGGAAUGCCGGCCGACAAUGCGAGCAAGGAGGUCAACAUGAAGUUGAAGGAGCACAUGUCGACCGCCGGGGUGCCAUGCCUCUAUGCCGAGAUUGGCAAGAGCGGCACCGGAGGCGCCGCCUACAAGUCGAACUCGGAAGCCAUGACCGCCUGCGCUGCCCUGAAUGGUUCCCAGUUCGAGGGCGUGACGUUGGUGUGUGAAAUGUGGGGUGCCAAGAAGACACCUCCCGCCUCCGUUUGCAAUUGGUCCCUGGCCACUGUGCUAGGGUCGCCGGAGAUCGGAAACCAUGGUAGCCAUGGCACGGGCCGUGUGGUGCCGCCACGGGUCGGCUUCAGCAAGGGCAGCGGAGCCGUUUCCGCGAAGGGAGCUGGGAGCGGAAAGGGCAAAGGAGCCGGUGGCAACUGGGGUGGUUGCGGUGUUUUGCAGCCCAUGUUCCACGCCAUGAUGUCCGUCCUCGCCAAGGGCUCCGGAAAGGCCGGAGGCGGCCUGCGCAGCUUCGCGCCAGAGCUCAGGGUAUGGGUGGGCGGCUUGCCGCCCAACAACGUCAGCAAGGAGCUGAACAUGAAAUUGAAGGAGCACAUGUCCCUGGCCGGCGUCCCAUGCCUCUUCGCAGAGAUCGGCAAGAGUGGCACCGGGGGAGCAGCCUUCAAGACCAACUCCGAAGCCCUCGUAGCUUGCAGCACCCUGAAUGGUUCGCAGUUUGAGGGUGUGACGCUGCACUGUGACAUGUGGAGUCGGAAAACAUGAGAAGGGACCACUCGAUGAAAGCUCCGAAAAGGAGGUGCCGGUCCUGGUCUAGUAUAGGACCUUGUUGAUCAGAUUCUUGUGUCACGAUGUGCAACUUUUAACAACU